UCGCACCUCCGUACCGUUAGGGCUUUCCUUGGAAGAGGGAAGCCAACUCCUAUUUCUCUCGUCCCGUCUCCCGUCUGCCACUCUCGUCGUCCUCCCAACCCCACCUGGUCACCGUCCGCCGUCUCCGAUCUACGGCCAGUGCAAAAAUCUCCGGCCAUGGCGUUUUGUCUUGUCUCCCGUGUGCAGAUCGCAUGCUCCUUCUUCUUCUGAGCCGUCCUCCUCUCUCUGUCGACUUGGCGGCCGUUCGCCAUCUCCGAGCUCCAGCCAGUGGCAGCAAGCUCCAGCCAUAGUCAAAGAAGGUCCGUGUUGGCUCGAUCUAGUCGCCCCAUCUCCGAUCUGCUGGUCUUCGUCCACCGUCGAUCUGGUCUGUGGAAGAAGAAGUUUUUGGAAGAAGUAAAAAUGUCUUCCUCACAUCUCCCCGCAACAACAGAGACAAUUGCACAGGCACUGGAGGCCAAAAGCCCAUCUGAGGCUAUCUCUAUUCUUUAUCGUGCACUUGAGAACCCCUCUUCAUCUCCAGAAGCUCUGCGCAUUAAAGAGCAGGCCAUCACUAACCUCUCUGAUCUUCUUAGGCAAGAGAACAGGGCAGAAGAUCUGCGCAGCCUUCUCACUCAGCUGAGGCCAUUCUUUUCUUUGAUCCCUAAGGCAAAAACUGCAAAAAUCGUGAGGGGAAUAAUUGAUUCUGUGGCAAAAAUACCAGGGACAUCUGAUCUACAAAUUACACUCUGCAGAGAGAUGGUGCAGUGGACUCGAGCUGAAAAGCGUACCUUUCUGAGGCAGCGGGUUGAGGCAAGGCUUGCAGCACUUCUUAUGGAAAGUAAGGAGUAUGCAGAAGCUUUGACCCUCCUUACCGGCUUGGUCAAAGAGGUUAGAAAAUUGGAUGACAAGCUUCUUCUUGUGGACAUAGACUUGCUGGAAAGCAAGCUACACUUCUCCUUAAGGAACCUUCCAAAGGCAAAAGCUGCCCUCACUGCAGCAAGAACAGCUGCUAAUGCUAUUUAUGUGCCCCCUGCUCAACAAGGUGCCAUUGAUUUGCAAAGUGGGAUACUUCACGCUGAGGAGAAGGAUUAUAAAACUGCGUAUAGUUAUUUCUUUGAAGCUUUUGAGUCCUUUAAUGCUCUUGAAGACCCCAAGGCUGUUUUUAGCCUAAAAUACAUGCUGUUGUGUAAGAUUAUGGUGAGUCAAGCUGAUGAUGUGACGGGCAUUAUAUCUUCUAAAGCAGGCCUCCAAUAUGUUGGCCCUGACUUGGAUGCCAUGAAAGCUGUUGCAGAUGCUCAUUCUAAACGUUCCCUUAAGUUGUUUGAAAUUGCUUUGCGGGACUACAAUGCACAGUUGGAGGAAGACCCAAUUGUCCACAGGCACCUAUCAUCCCUAUAUGAUACCCUUCUGGAGCAGAACCUUUGUAGAUUAAUUGAGCCAUUCUCUAGGGUCGAGAUUGCGCAUAUUGCUGAGUUAAUCGAACUUCCCAUUGAUAAUGUGGAGCGGAAGUUGUCCCAGAUGAUUUUGGACAAGAAGUUUGCUGGCACAUUGGAUCAAGGUGCUGGGUGCCUCGUCAUAUUUGAUGAUCCCAAGAGUGACGCCAUAUAUCCUGCAACCUUAGAAACCAUUUCCAACAUAGGGAAGGUUGUGGACAGCCUUUAUGUUAGGUCUGCCAAGAUCAUGGCAUAAACCAUGUUGUUAGUGUUCUUGUGACGUAACUUUGUUACUGUUUAUGGAUGAUGAGCUUCGUAUUGUUUCUGUUUUGUUUUCUUAAAUUGUGUUACUAGAAAUUGUGCUGA